CGUAAAGGCUAAAAAUUAGACGUCAGAAAAUACUUCCAAUUCUGAAUUCCCUCAACUCGCUUUUUUCCGCUUUCAUUUACUUCUAAAUAUUCUCUUCUCUCUCUCGGAAAAGUGCUUCCUAGAGAGAGAAAUAAGGAGUUAAAGCCUUUUAAACACUCGCCGGAGUUUGCGUGAGUUUCUGGGCGGACAUGUCGUCACCGUCGCCGGGGCAGUCCCCUGGUCCGACUUCGCCCCCCUCUACAAACACUACCUCGCCUCCGCCCCCCUCUACAAACACCACCGCGCCUCCUCCGGCCACUCCUGCUGCGCCUCCGCCAUCUUCGCCGUCGCCUCCACCGCCCACUGCACCGACGGGAUCGCCGCCUACAGCCCCGGCUGGUUCUCCUCCGCCUCCUCCGGACUCUCCUGGCUCUCCACCACCUUCGGGCCAAACCGGUUCACCACCGCCACCUUCUAGGGCUUCUCCGCCACCACCACCAUCUUCACCAUCUUCGAACAAGAGCCCACCGCCACCUCCGUCCGACUCAAAAUCACCUCCGCCGCCGCCUUCGUCUCCAUCCUCAAACACUGUAUCUACAGGUCUUGUAGUUGGAAUCGCCAUAGGUGGAGUUGUUAUUCUCGUGGUGCUGAGUCUUCUCUUCAUAUGUUGCAAGAAGAAGAAGAGGAGAGAUCACAGACAGGACUACUAUGUGCCGCCGCCGCCGGGCCCGAAAAAUGAUCCGUAUGGUGGUCCACCACAGCAGUGGCAACACAAUGUCCCUCCACCUGCAGAUCAUGCUGUCACAGUGUUUCCAAAGCCCUCUCCUCCACCAGGAACUGCAUCACGCCCGCCCCACUCACCGGUGCAGGUUCCUACACCUCCGCCACCUCCACAACCACCUUUUGUGAGCAGCAGUGGUGGUUCAGGGUCCAAUUAUUCAGGAUCUGACAACCCUCUCCCCCCACCUUCCCCUAGCAUUGCUUUAGGUUUCUCAAAGAGCACAUUCACGUAUGAAGAAUUGGUGAUGGCAACAGAUGGCUUCUCAAAUGCCAACCUUCUUGGACAAGGUGGUUUUGGGUAUGUGCACAGAGGUGUCCUUCCCAAUGGGAAAGAAGUUGCAGUUAAGCAGCUCAAAGCUGGAAGUGGGCAGGGGGAGCGUGAAUUUCAGGCAGAGGUUGAGAUCAUUAGUCGAGUACAUCACAAACAUCUUGUAACCUUAGCUGGAUAUUGCAUCACUGGAUCACAUAGACUGCUUGUUUAUGAGUUUGUUCCGAACAACACCUUGGAGUUUCAUUUACAUGGAAAAGGACGACCUACUAUGGAUUGGUCCACAAGACUGAAAAUUGCUUUAGGAUCUGCAAAAGGACUCGCAUACUUGCACGAGGAUUGUCACCCUAAGAUCAUUCAUCGCGAUAUCAAGGCAGCUAAUAUACUUUUGGAUUUCAAGUUUGAGGCAAAGGUUGCAGAUUUUGGACUUGCUAAGUUUUCUUCUGAUGCCAAUACUCAUGUCUCGACUCGGGUAAUGGGAACUUUUGGGUACUUGGCUCCAGAAUAUGCUGCAAGUGGGAAACUUUCAGACAAGUCAGAUGUUUUCUCCUUUGGAGUCAUGCUUCUUGAGUUGCUUACUGGUCGCAGACCUGUUGAUGCAAACCAAACCUUCAUGGAAGAUAGUUUGGUGGACUGGGCGAGACCUUUGCUCACAAGAGCUCUUGAAGAUGGAAACUUUGAUACUCUUGUUGAUCCGCGCUUGCAAAAGGAUUACAACCACCACGAAAUGGCUCGCAUGGUUGCUUGUGCUGCUGCUUGUGUGCGUCAUUCAGCCCGGCGUCGACCAAGAAUGAGCCAGAUUGUCCGGGCAUUGGAAGGAGAUGCAUCUCUAUCUGAUCUUAAUGAAGGAAUGAGACCUGGGCAAAGCUCAAUCUACAGUUCCCAUGGAAGUUCAGACUAUGACACCAACCAGUACAAUGAGGACAUGAUAAAAUUCAGAAAGAUGGCGUUGGCAAGCAGGGACUAUGGCAGCAGUGAGUACAGUGGACCUACAAGUGAAUAUGGUUUGUAUCCAUCUGGCUCAAGUAGCGAAGGCCAACGAACCACCCGAGAGAUGGAGAUGGGAAAGAUGAAGAAAGACAGUCGAGGCUACAGUGGAGGCUCUGAAAAAUAACGCUCAUUUCUGUAAAGACCCACCCCUUUAUUCUUAUACCAUCACUAGUCUCAAUUGCAAGAAUGCCAUUCUACAUGAGAUAACAGCCACCAUUUUUUCCCCUUCUAUCCUUUUUUUCUUUUAAAAAAUGUAUUUAUUAAUGCUUAUACAACAAAAUAAUGGAGAUCUUGAUUCUAUUCUUUUGUUUGA